GUUGGUGCUGCUUUGCCCGUGGACGUCCUGACCUAUGAAGAGAAGACCUCAUCAGCCAUCUUGAGAGUCUGUAGCAGUGGUAUGGUCCGAUUGUGGAGCUCUUUGACCCUGCUAGGAUCCUAUAAAGGCAAAAAAUGUGCAUGCAGAGUGAUUCAGGUUUCUCCCUUUCUCCUUGCAUUAUCCGGUAAUAGUAGAGAACUAGUGUUGGACUGAAUAGUCUUCAAUUUUGGAAACUUUUCCUAUGCUCCCAAAAGUAUUUUUUGAUGUCUUCAUAGUUUGAAAACAGAAGCAGGCUGAAAGACGCCAUUGAUGAAAUUUGAAGAUGUUGAAGAUGUUCCCAGUA